AUGGGUUAUAGUGGUGGUUGUGGUGUGACUCUUCUCCUUGUUUUCUGUCUAUGGGGUGUGUUCAUCUCUCUCUCUUCUGCUGCUAGGCUCAGUGCUUCUAGGCAGAAGCUUGAGGUUGCUAAGCACUUGAAUCGCUUGAACAAGUCUCCUGUUAAGACCAUUCAGAGUCCAGAUGGGGAUACGAUAGACUGUGUGCCUGUUUCUAAGCAGCCUGCAUUUGAUCAUCCAUUCCUCAAAGAUCACAAGAUUCAGACAAGACCUACUUUCCACCCUGAAGGGCUUUUUGAUGAGAACAAGUUAUCUGAAAAGCCUAAAGCGAAAGUCCAUACCCCCAUCACUCAGGCGUGGCAUGCGAAUGGUAGAUGCCCCGAGGACACAAUACCCAUCAGGAGAACAAAAGAGGAGGAUGUUCUGAGAGCAAGUUCAGUCAAAAUGUAUGGUAGGAAGAAGCACAGAGCAAUCCCUAAGCCUAGGUCUGCAGAGCCUGAUCUGAUUAACCAGAGUGGUCAUCAGCAUGCAAUAGCAUAUGUUGAAGGAGACAAGUAUUAUGGAGCCAAAGCCACUAUAAAUGUGUGGGAACCCAAGAUACAACAACCUAAUGAGUUCAGUUUGUCUCAGCUGUGGAUAUUAGGAGGCUCAUUUGGUCAAGAUCUCAACAGCAUUGAAGCUGGCUGGCAGGUUAGCCCAGAUUUAUAUGGUGAUAACAACACGCGGUUAUUCACCUACUGGACUAGUGAUGCAUAUCAAGCCACUGGUUGCUACAAUCUUCUCUGCUCGGGGUUUAUUCAAGUCAAUAGUGAAAUAGCAAUGGGUGCAACCAUUACCCCAGUUUCUGGAUACCGUAACUCUCAGUUCGAUAUCAGUAUACUUAUCUGGAAGGACCCAAAAGAGGGACACUGGUGGAUGCAAUUUGGGAAUGACUAUGUGUUAGGGUAUUGGCCAUCCUUCCUCUUCUCGUAUCUGGCUGACAGUGCUUCCAUGAUUGAGUGGGGAGGUGAAGUUGUGAAUUCUGAGCCUGAUGGUCAGCACACCUCAACUCAAAUGGGCAGUGGUCAUUUCCCUGAAGAGGGGUUUGGGAAGGCAAGCUACUUCAGGAAUAUUCAAGUGGUUGAUAGCUCCAACAAUCUCAAGGCUCCCAAAGGCCUUGGCACCUUCACUGAGCAAUCAAACUGUUAUGAUGUCCAAACAGGAAGUAAUGGGGAUUGGGGUCAUUACUUUUACUAUGGUGGCCCUGGUAAAAAUCCUAAUUGUCAAUGA